UGUACUGUAGAUAUAACCAAAAUCGCAUGCGCACCUAAUCUGUAAUUUGCCCUCCAAUUUCUCGUUCUAUUGUCGCUAUUGUGCUUCUCAGGUCCAACUAGGGAUUUUUUAUUCUUUCUCUUGCAAUCAGUGAUUUUUUGUGGUGACGUUUACAGAGAAUGAGAGAAAAUUCGGGACUAGUACCUGUAUUUUCCUCAUUCUCUGGUAUUUCCUUUUGUUUUGGUAGUGGUUUCUAGGGUUUUGAGUUGAUUAAUUAGGUUUUAAUCGAACAUGUCGGCUCAUCGAUCCAAGUCUGAGAGAAGCGAUGCUGGGAAGCAGCUCCGGCGGGACCCCUACGAGGUUCUUGGAGUUACGAGGAACUGUACGGAGCAGGAGAUAAAGAGUGCUUACCGUAAAAUGGCUCUGAAGUACCAUCCUGAUAAAAAUGCAAAUGAUCCUGGGGCAGCUGAUAUGUUUAAGGAGGUUACAUUUUCCUAUAAUAUCUUGUCUAAUCCUGACAAACGCCGUCAUUAUGAUGCAGCUGGUUUUGAGGCUGUUGAAUCAGAAAGUCAAGAAUUGGAGCUAGAUCUUUCCAGUUUGGGAGCAGUAAACACCAUAUUUGCUGCAUUUUUCAGUAAACUUGGUGUGCCGAUCAAGACCACUGUAUCAGCAGCUGUGUUGGAAGAGGCACUUAAUGGCAUGGUCACCAUUCGCCCACUUCUUUUGGGCCAACCUAUAACCAGGAAGGUUGAAAAGCAAUGUGCUCAUUUCUAUUCUGUCACAAUAACUGAAGAGGAAGCACGGGCCGGAUUUGUGUGCCGAGUGCAAUCAUUUGACAAGAGCAAAUUCAAGUUACUAUAUUUUGAUCAGGAAGGGAGCAGUGGAUUGAGCCUUGCACUUCAGGAGGACAGCACAAAAACUGGGAAGGUGACAGCAGCUGGCAUGUAUUUUCUUGGUUUCCCAGUUUACCGUUUAGAUCAAACAGCCAACUUGAUGGCUGCUGCAAAGGAUCCAGAUGCUGCCUUCUUUAAAAAACUGGAUGUUUUCCAGCCAUGUGAAAUAACUGAACUGCAGGCAGGCACACAUACAUUUGCUGUUUAUGGUGAUAAUUUUUUUAAAAGUGCAAGCUACACGAUAGAAGCCCUUUGUGCUGCUCCUUUUGUAGAAGAAAAAGAGGAUCUUAGAGCUGUGGAAGCUCAAAUUCUAACAAAAAGAGUGGAGUUAUCAGAGUUUGAAAAUGAAUAUCGAGAGGUCCUGGCACAAUUUUCAGAGAUGACCAGUAGAUAUGCUCAAGAAAUGCAAGCUAUUGAUGAGCUUCUUAAGCAAAGGAACGAAAUUCAUGCUUUGUACACAACUGCCCCUCCAAUGAAGUGGAGUUCAAGUAAGAACAGAAGUCGGGGUACACCAAAGGAGGUCAAAGAGGAAGGCCAAGUAAGAGAGAAAAAAAAGACAAUGAGGGAUAGAUCGAAGAAGAAGAAAUGGUUCAAUAUUCACUUAAAAGUUGACAAGCGAAAGCCAUGCUAGUAAAAAAGUAAGAUUAUGAUUUAACCUUUAUUCAUCUGUGCUUGCCAAAAAGCGAGGCUAAAAGUUUCCUGCUUCCCGAAUCUGGUAGUCAGUGAUAAAAUGCCCAUAGUUAAUGCAGUGGAAUGGCAAAUUUUCUCUAGCAUGUCAAGGGAAACAACAGCUCAUUGUUAUCCUAAAAUUCUUUCCUUCCUUUUCCCGUGCUUGGGUCAUUCUCGUGUUAUUUUUUCAUCAGUGUCUAACUAGCAUAUCUGUAAAUGAUGAAUUGUUGUUGAAGAUCCUUGCAGCCUCAUCAUUGCAUCUGCUGUAACUUAAGAUUAAAGAAACGGAAAAUUAGUCCCCUUCACGGCCAAAACAUCUGCGGCCGGUGUUUAGUGAUUAUUGUUUGGCAACUGGAAUUGGUCCUCUCCAUCUUUCACUAAUGUUUAGGGUUAAUUUAGUUCA